AUGGAGAGCGUGAACCAAUCAGAGCUCUGCUUUCCACUACUGGCCAACCUGUCCUGCAGGAAGUCCUCGUCGAGCUUUUCGGGGGGUGUUUUUGUGACUUUCGUGCUGCCCUUGGUCAGCAUCCUCACUGUGCUGCUCAACCUGAUUGUCAUCGUCUCAAUCUCCCAUUUCAGGCAACUCCACACUCCCACCAACCUCCUCCUCCUCUCGCUCGCCAUCGCUGAUGCCAUUGUAGGUCUCCUGAUGAUACCGGCACAGAUCUACAGUACCGCAUCCUGCUGGUUGCUCGGUGAUAUUGUGUGUGCUCUGUUCACGCUAAUAAUGGUCUUAGUGACGGCUGCCUCAGUGGGAAACAUGGUGUUGAUAUCUGCCGACCGUUACGUGGCCAUUUGUGAUCCUCUGCGCUAUAAUGUCAAAAUCACUGUGAAAAGAAUUCAACUUUGUGUUUGUCUCUGUUGGUUGUCGUCUCUUAUCGGCUGUUGCAUCAUUUUUAACGACCAACUGACGCAUCCGGGAAAGCUCAACUCUUGCUAUGGGGAGUGUGUAGUGAAUGUUGACAUUGAUGGUGGGAUUAUUGAUGUGAUUUUGUCAUUCAUCCUCCCUCUAAGCAUCAUCAUCACCUUGUACUCACGAGUGUUUGUGGUCGCUCUGUCGCAAGCGCGAGCCGUGCGCAUCCACGCAUACACACGUGGUAUAAUACGGAUGGGUGCGAAGAAAUCCGAGUUGAAGGCGGCCAGGACUCUCGGGGUUCUCGUUCUCGUCUUCCUCGCGUGUUUCUGUCCUUACUAUAUUGAUUCUGUCGUCAAUAACAGCAAAAAAAUCUCUCAGCAGAAGAUUUUUGUUCUCCAUUUAUUUUCUUUCAACUCGUGCGUGAAUCCCUUGAUAUAUGCUUUUUUCUACCCCUGGUUUAGAAAAGCUGUUCGACUUAUUGUCACUCUGCGCAUACUACGGCCUGACUCCCGUGAGGCUAUAGUGCUGUAG